AUGUACCUCAACAGCCCACGCGGAUCCAACAACAAGUUGCGCGAGCAGAGCAACAACGUUCAAAAUGCCAAUCGCCUCUUCGAUUCGCAGAACAAUGCCGCGUCCGGGUACCAGAUUGGCGACGAUUGCAAGCCGGCAUGCAAGGAUGAGAACAACAACUACGACGUCACCAAAGAGGGUGCGACCAAAGGGACAAUGAAAUUCUAUCAAGGUUCAGAACUUUACAUCGAUUGGUUCGUGCAGCACGGUUGCGGCGUUGGUCAUCCGAAUCUGCACUGCCAGAUCACCCUGCAGUACAUGACCGAAUCGGACAACCCCAACCUCCGCGACGGGACCGAUCCCACCGAGGAGGAAACAGCCGAGGUGGCCAGGGGUUACCAUGAGCCUUUGGAAUACUACCAGGCCUGUUACGAGCGUGAGCGCAACAAGGGCUUGUUCACGUCCGACCAACAGAUUGAGGAGAAUGGCGGCGCCACGUCAACCAGGCAGAACCCCAACGGCAAUGGCCGCCGACGCGGCAACCAGCGCCAUGGCUUGGAGUGCCCAGAGGAGAGGGAUUAUUAUCCCUACUGGCACCCAACGCCUUGGCACGACAUCGCCAUUUUCACCCAAGAGCCUCAAGAACGUUGCGAGUACUACCGUGCGGAGUCGCAAAACGUCAAGGAGAAGGGCAGGUGCUCCAUCAACCAGUACAACAAUCCGGAUGCUUGCGCUGGCAAUGGUGGGGAGCCCCGGCCCCAGAG